GUAUUUAUGGCUCUGUUUAGUACAUUUAAACAGGUUUUAGAAAGAAAGAAGGACGUUUAUUCCAAGCGGAACAAAGAAUUUGAACAUCCUUCUCCUGCCGGAACUUCAGAGCGGGACAUCCGGUGGAAGUAAACAAUGAAAAGGCGGCAGUAUGGUUGUUCCAGCGUGAACUUUUGGGGGCUCGCUUUGUGCUGUGUGUGAGCUGAGUGUGUGAGCUGAGUGUGUGAGCUGAGUGUGUGAGCUGUGGCAGUAACAAUGCCUUUAGUUCAGUCUCUGAGAGAGUUUAUCAACGAGCGACUAACUGCUGCUGCUGAACAAAUAUUCUUGGAGUUUGAAAAAACGAUCGUCCAGUACGAGGAAGAGAUCGACCGUCAGCGCAGACUGCUGGAUAUCACCUGGAAACCCCAAAUCAAGCUGCACAGGACAGGAGCAGCUGUGUGACCUGAGGAUGAACUCCAGUGGGGACCAGGAGGAGCCGACGCCUCUACACAUUAAAGAGGAACAGGAGGAAGUGCGCACCAGCCAGGAGGAUGAGCAGCUCGUCCUGAAGGAGGAGACCGACGCCUUCUUGGUGACUGCUUUUGAUGACAGUGACCACAGUGAACCAGAGGCUAACGGUCACCACCUUCACUCUGACGGCGCUCCCGGCAGCUCUCCGGUGUCAGAGAGUCAGCGUGACGCCGACUCGAGUAAAAAGCCUUUUAAAUGUAAUGUUUGUGGAAAAGCCUUUAAGAAAAACUCUUACGUAAAAGAACACCAGAAAAUCCACUCGGGCGAGAAGCCGUAUACUUGCCAAACAUGUGAGAAGAGUUUCACUCGGAGGGCUCACCUGUUGGGUCACAUGAGAACCCACACGGGCGAGAAGCCGUAUUCCUGUGAAACGUGCGGGAAAGGUUUUACUCAGAGCAGUCACCUGCUGAGCCACAUGCGGCUUCACACGGGUGAGAAGCCAUACGCUUGUGAAAUAUGCGGGAAAGGUUUUAUUCAGAGGGGUCACCUAUUGGUCCAUGUGAGAACGCACACCGAUGAGAAGCCGCACACCUGCGAAGAAUGUGGGAAGAGUUUCCGAUUCAGCGGCACUUUGUCGGUGCACAUGAGAACGCACACGGGCGAGAAGCCGUAUUCUUGCAAAGCCUGCGGGAAAAGUUUCCGUCAGAAAAAGAUUCUGUCCGUGCACAUGCGCACUCACACGGGCGAGAAGCCGUAUUCCUGCGCAACGUGCGGUAAAGGUUUCGCUCAAAAAAGCGAUCUGACGAUCCACGAGCGAACGCACACGGGCGAGAAGCCGUAUCCCUGCAAAGCCUGUGGGAAGAGCUUCCGCCAAAAAAACAUCCUGUCCGUGCACAUGAGAACGCACACGGGCGAGAAGCCGUACUCGUGCAAGAGCUGCGGGAAAAGUUUCCGUCAGAAAAGCAUCCUGUCCGUGCACAUGAAGACGCACGCGGGUGAGGAGCUGUAUCCCUGCGGCGUGUGCGGCGCCACUUUUCCAUCUAGUCGCAGCUUGUUGGAGCACCUGGACACUCACACAGGUGAGGAGUCGUAGCCUGGAAAGCUGCAGGUCGGAGCGGGGUGUUGGCGUCUGCCUCCCGCCUGGACUUUUGGCUCCGACGGCAAGGGAGCUCGUCAGCUCGUGUCGUUCACGCAGCCGUUUUCCUUUGCUUUGUGCAUCCAAACCUAACCGUGCCAGCGCGCUCUGUUAAUCCUGUCAUGUUCUCAUCUACGGUUCCUGACCUGGAUUCUGUCGUGGCUGCGAUCCUCCCAGUUUCAUUUUACCCUUCGUGUUUCAUACUUACGGAAACUUUGUAUCAUUUUGGACUUUAGAGGUGACACUAACAAAGUGUAGAUUGUUGUUAAAGGAACCUGUAUAAAUAAAGUUUCUUCUAAAUUGGGAUCAUGUUUUUCUUUUGCCCUGUUUAUGAAAUAAGAGAAGGUUUCAGUCACAGCGGUUUCACCCUCAGCCCUCGCACUCUGAGAGAAGCUGGUUUCAGUAUGUGGGAAAACAUGGUCGAUGUUCUUGACAGUUUUUGGUUUCGUAGAGAUACGAAGGAGCUGAUGACAUCACAGGUGACGUUGCUGUUAGCAUCCUCCGCCCUGUGCUAGCUCUGCUGCUGCUCCUUGUGUAGUAAAAGAGACCACACUGACUGGUUUGCCACAGAAACUGAGAACAAUCCAGACUGUUGUGUCAUUUCUCUCUGGAAGUGCUCAGUGGCUAACUAAUCCUGCGCUAACCUGCCCUUCUAGUUUUCACUGAUCGAAGCACAGGCGUGAACAGACCUGUUAGCUCUGUCACACAUUCAUGCACCUGCAUGGCUUUGAACGAUUAUUCGUAUCUAUGAGCUUUUCCACACGUCACAGCCACAAAUUUAAAUGUGCUGGGGGUUUUAUGUGACGGGUAAACAGAGUGUAACUGAAAAUGAUUGUGCAAGUUCACAUGUUAGAAUGACCCCGUCAGAGUUCAGACAUACAUGGAUGCUCUCCAUCCACUGACUGAACUCUGCCCCCUCCAGUCAAUAAAACAUCGACUGACCUGCUGCGGCGAGCAGCUGGAAGCUCUUCAUUGUUCGAUCCACAACAACAAAAGGACUCGACUCGGUGAACAAAAACCAUAAAUAAACUAGAGCUCUUAUCCACGUCACUUCAGCGUUAACCCUGGUUUCUUCUUACUGGGGCAUGUCACCAUGGUAACCUACGCUGCAAACAGCUUUGAGAUCAGCAGGUAUGAAAAUGCCUACUGACCAAUCAGAGCCCUGGAAAACGCCACCGUUUGUGGAAGAUCCCUCGUAGGAGGUCCAGACGUUUCUCUGAAGUCUCGUGUUUCUGUGACGAGCCUCCGGAGGAAAAACAGAUUCUCAGAUUUAUCCUUUCUUCUUCUUUUUUUCCUGUUGGCUGCAAACAGUUUUCUACAAUUGUUAAUAUGUGAUCCUAAAACAGGAUCGUUUGUACCCGUCAAGUCCUGUGUUUGAAUUCUGUUUUUAUUUAGUCGGAGCUCGAUAAACAGCUCUGUCAGG